AUGAAAGUAGGGUUCGUAGGUCUCGGCGUCAUGGGCACGCCCAUGGCUCUGAACCUCGCUCGCAGAUAUCCCCUUACAGUGUGGAACCGUAGCUCGUCCAAAUACCCUCCCCUUCGUCAAGCGGGCGCCCAAGUGGCCGAGUCGCCAAGCCUACUCGCCCGGGAUACCGACGUAAUCUUCACGAUGCUGCACGAUCAAACGGCCAUCCAGUCGAUAUUCACGCCCGAGUUUAGGAGCGGGCUUCGGAAUAAAACUUUGAUCAAUACCAGCUCGGUGCCGGUUGAGUUCAGCAAAUAUAUGGCUGAUGAGAUCCACCGUGCGGGUGGGCGUUUUAUCGAGAUGCCCGUGAGCGGCAAGCGUAGCGGGGAGAUGGGGCCUUUGGUUGAGCUCAUCACAAAGGCCGCGGUGUACUGCGGCGAGAUUGGCAUGGGUCUGAAGACCAAAUUCGCCGUGAACACAUACCUCAUCACCAUGACGGCAGGAUUGGCCGAGUCCAUGGCGUUGGCCAGGGCCCAAGAUCUAGACAUCCGCGCCUUUACUCAAGUUCUCGACGCCGGCCCCAUGGCUUCGCCGUAUUCCAAGUUGAAGCUGGAAAAGAUGAUCGACGAGGAUUGGUCGGCCCAAGCAAGCAUCAACGAUUGUUUCAAUCUUACUCAGAUAAUCGAUUCGGCAUCGACAGCAAUCAAUGCUGAAUCCCCUAUGAUUCGCCUUGCCGGCCUUCUAUACAAGCGAGCCAUUGAAAAGGGGUUUGGGAAAGAUGACAUGAUUGCGGUGGAAAAGGUGUUGGGCCUGGCUCUAGAGAAAGACCCAGCGUGA